AGCAGAGCAUGAUGUAAUCAUAUCUUAUUUGUGCUAUUGUUUUCAGGCUGAUAAGCUUUUGUCACCGGAGUUCCAACCUUCCAUUGAGCAGUUAAUUCAUUUUAUGUCUCCAAGACGUCAAAUCUUAAUGUUCUCUGCUACCUUUCCUGUUACGGUGAAAGAUUUUAAAGAUAGAUACCUGCAGAAGCCCUAUAUCAUCAACCUUAUGGAUGAGCUUACCUUGAAGGGUAUAACACAGUAUUAUGCUUUCGUGGAAGAAAGACAGAAAGUUCACUGCCUCAAUACUCUAUUCUCAAAGCUCCAAAUAAACCAGUCUAUUAUUUUCUGCAAUUCCGUGAAUCGAGUAGAACUUCUUGCUAAAAAAAUCACAGAGCUUGGCUACUCUUGCUUCUAUAUUCAUGCUAAGAUGCUUCAAAAUCAUCGGAACAGAGUAUUUCAUGAUUUCCGCAAUGGUGCCUGCAGGAAUCUCGUUUGCACUGGUAUUAACUCUUUAUGUUUUUGUCUUGUCGUAACGGCACUUUCCAUCUUGCAAUUGUUUUCAGCAUUUAUGUGGAUUGUAUGCAAAUGAUCCUGGUAAUUUGAUUGAUGGUGUUGGUUACAUUGUUUUAAAAAGUGCCCAAGGCUUAUGAAGUUGCCUUGAAGCAUGCCUAAUAUGAGACAUUCAUUAAACCCCUUGGAGAUUGCACGUUAGUAUAAUUUGAAAGGCUUAAGCUCAGACUUAUUGAGAUGCGCACACAUCAUGGCAUAAGCUUCACGGAAACUGGGGGUGUGAGCUCAUUCAUUUGCCCUUUCUGGCGUUCUAUUACUGACCUUAGUUUUGGGGGCUAGAUGUUUUAUAGCCCAGAUUCAGAACAUUUUACGGCCUUAAGGAUUUUUUGCACUAUUUUAAACACAACCCAACACUAAAAACUAGGAGAAAAGAACUUGAGACAGGGAGGAGAGCAAGUGAAGCAUGUGUGCUCGGAAUUUUGUACCUAGAUUAUGAUAAACCCCUUUUCCAAGUGAUAUGGAAGACUUAUU